CAUCGAAAGUCGUCUUUGCGACAUUAGAAGUCGACGAACCAAUGUCUUCUAAUAAAUUCGCCGAAGACCCUGAAAGGAGAUCCGUUGCCGUCGCUGUAGUAUUCGUCUGUAUCUGCGAUGCAGUAAUCAUCCUACCAUGGGUGGUUAAAACCUACACACUGGUCUAUGCUUUUCUCACAUCACGGGACCAUGCGAAGGCAGCAAAGGCGGUUAAAAAAGCGGCCAAGGAAGCUCAAGUUAUUUCCAUAAAGCCGGGGGUACAGCCAACAACUGAUACAAGCCUCGAUAACAUUGUCUACGAAUGGAAAGAACUCUCGGCCCGAAAUGCAGAGCUGGAAGAGCUUAAAGAACAUCUAAUGGAGGAGAUACGGGAGUUGCGAGGGUUGGUGAUGUUGACGCGUGAACAAGCCCCUGUGAUUUCCGGAACUACAGCUUGGUUGAUUUCCGCAUUCUUUGCUACUUCUUAUGUGGCAUCCUUGUAUAUGUUUCGCGCUGGCCGCUUAGCGUUCCGCCAGAAAAAAGUCGAAGCUGGCCCAAACGCUGCAGGAGCACGCGCUCACAACGAAGAAGGACGGGAUAGUCCUACUGUGAUAAAAGCGAGGUUGUCUAGUGUCGCAAUUAGCACGCUCGUUAGCUGUGGAAUCAUGUUAGCUUUGAUCACGAAAGCAGGCUCGUGGAAUUUUGGCGAUUUGGAAGCAAUUCAUCAGACCUUGAAGCUCCUUGGCCUGACUUUACCAACGGGCGUCCCAUUAGGAGCAUGGUUUUUGGCUCCUAUAAUGUACACCGGCACAUUAUAUACAGAAAUACUUGAUACAAGGUCAUCUAUCUAUCGUCAUGAUGAGGAAGGAGGCUCCUAUUACCGAGGAGAUUGUUUACCGUUCUUGUAUAGUAGGGACCAUGAAACUAUCAGGAGCUUCCAUGAAGUCAAUG